UCCUAAUAAAAUAUUAAGCCAGGGAACCUCAAAACCCUAAACCCACCCACACUCGCAGAGAGUGGUAAAGCUCGCUCACAUGCCCAAAACCCUAAUAAGAGAGAACCCAGCAGUGGACCCUUCCCUUCUAGCCCUGAAGCCUCGCCAAGUUCUGCUCGCGAACCUAACCACCAUGAAGAAGCCCAGCAGCGGCAAGGCCUCCUCCUCUGCCCUAACCGCGGACCAGAAGGCCCGUCUCCUCCAAGCUGUGGCUCAGUUCUUGGACCGCAGUGGGUUCUCCAAGACCCUCAAGAAGUUUCGGUCCGAAGCGCAGGUCGAGAAAGAUGGUCAGAAGGGUUCCACACUGGAUUUGGAAGAAAUUUACCACAAGUAUUUGGACAUGUGGAAUCUUUCCAACACAGAAGUAAGCAACCAGGACAAGCAAGAUACAAAGAUUGAGGACACUAGUAAAAGAGAUGAAGAACGUGACGCUACUGAGAUUGUGGAGACUGGAAGUAAGAAAAACAACAAAAUUAGUACACUUUCUAAUUCUAACAAUGCCAAGGAGAUAAUAACAAAUGAUGCAGCCCCAGAACUAAAUAUAAGAUCUAAAAAGACGAAGAAAAGCAAGAAGAUUUCUGAUUCGCUCGGUCAAGGAACUGAACAAUUCAACACAGAAAUAUCAAAGGGGCCUGCUGGUCUUAUUGCUUGUGUAUCUCAUAUGGAGGAGGAACCUGAUAAGAAAAGCAAGGAGAAAAAGAAAAAGAAAAGCAAGUCAGAUUCCGGAUCUCUAGUUAAUUCUGUGGAACAUCCCUUAUUAGAAUCACUGCCUGGAGCAACUGAGGAAAAAUCUGUGGAGUGUUCAAGAGAUGCCCAAGCUAAUAAUUCUAGUGCUACUACAGAAGAUAAGAGUGUCAAAUCUAAAGGUAAGAAAAAGAAGAAGGAUAAUUUGGAGGAUCUUGAGACAGGAGAUGUAAAUGGAAACCAUUCUAAAGAUAAUGAUUGUGAAACGCCAGAUGACGAUGUGGCUAACAACAAGAAGAAAAGUUCCAAAAAAAGAAAAAGAUUGGCUUCUGAAGAAAAUGAUUUACAGCCUGUCGACAAAAAAGCAGGUGAAGAAUCAAAACGUAGAAAGGUAGAAGGUUUGCAACAAUCUGAGAGAAGUGAGCAGCCUGCAGAGGUGAAUGUGUCCCUAGUAAGUGAUGGGCAGACAAAUGGAAGCCUUGAGGAAAAUGGAGAGAAACCUGCCUUUCAGAAAACUAAGAACCAACAUAAUGGUUCAGUUGAGCCAAAGACAGCUAAUGCAUUUCGGCGGAUAAAAGCUGAGGAGGUGAUAUUCACUGAUAAGAGGCUUGAAGAUAAUUCUUACUGGGCAAAGGAUGGGGCAGAAAGUGGCUAUGGUGCAAAAGCACAAGAAAUUCUUGGGCAAGUUAGAGGACGGGAUUUUCGGCAUGAAAAGACCAAGAAGAAGCGUGGGACAUAUAGAGGUGGGCAGAUUGAUUUGCAAUCUCACUCCGUUAAGUUCAAUUAUUCAGAUGAAGAAUGACUAGCAACUUCUGUGUGAGACAAGUCCCCACUUUUUGUUCUUUCUCCUCCUUUGAGCACAAUAUUGAAGCGUGAUUUUUUAUAAAAAUUAUGGUAAUUCUAUGUCGCUGUGGUACUCCUCCAUGUACCAGAUUCAAACAAAUUUGGAGUCAAUUCAAUUCAAGGACCUGUACAUCUUUAUCUAAAUUAUUUCGAGACUUUGAAUCCCCCCACUUUAGUGCAUUUAUCUAUUCAUCUUUUUCUCUACAACCACUUUUUGAUCCGUUUACUUGUCGUAGGACAUUGGGUUUGGAUUAGAUUUUCUUGGAAAGUUGUUGCCUAGAGCUAGGGCAGUAAUAUAGUCUAGUCAAGCUAAGUACUAAAUUUUUAAGCUUCAUUUGUUCAAUUUUAUUUUGACUAUGACUCGAGUUCGAACUUAUUAUUGAGAUAGAUUACAUGUUCAAGCUUUGUUUA